GGAUGGGCUGUGAUAGACGUUUGCUUAAUAUCAUUUCUGAUAUCACCGAUUUGUCCUUCGAAAGAUUCUCAAAGGGAAUUAGUGAAACCAACUAUCAGAUUCUCUGUAAUGAAAUGAGACGUAAAUUGGACCUGAUGAGUCUAAACUUGAUGGAAACUAUGUUAAUUCCAGAACUGUUGAGUACACCGAGCGCAUCUUCCGAACCCAGCACUCCAGCUGAAGCUGAAUUGUGUCUAAUCAACUCUGAGAUGGAGGUGGAAGAAUUCUGUUUCUUACUUUCUUGUGAGGUAAAGAGAUUAUCCACCGUCGUUUACUUGGAAUGUUGUUUAUUAAACAAGACGCCAGAAGAUGAAAUGAUUCAGCAAUUGGUGAAACAGAUAUUCUCUCUUUUGGAAUUCAUAGUUAUCAAGAACGACUUCAAGUGGUACUCCACCUUGCUUUGGUCUGUUUUCAUGGCCAGUUCGGAAAUUCUGAGCUUGAGUAAAGAUUGUGAAGAAUUGAGGUAUUUGGCUUUACAAAUUUUGGACAUUUUGGAAAAGACAACAUUAGGUAAUGUUGGAAGGACCAGAAAGAUUCUCUUGGACAUUUGGAAAAGAAGAGACUUAGAGCAGAGUGACGACAAUAGUUAUGGAUAUGUUCGUAAAACUAUUGACGACGGGAAUCCUAAGAAUGACGGAUUGUUCUUAGGCUUUACUAAUGAUUGGGAAAAGUUUGUGGUCAAGGAAGAUUAUGCGAUUUCCUUGGCUUAAUUUUCUUUUGUUGUUUUGCUUUCAUCUUGUAUUAAAUUUAUGUUGGAAAUGGUGUUUUGUUUUAUAGUUCUUCUUGUUAGUUAGUAAAGGUUAAGUUAAAUUCAAUGAUACAAUGGA